AUGGGCAGUUUUCUGGGCAAACCGGGAUCCUCACCAUCGUCCCGAACCCAGGUACACAGUGACUGGCCUGACAGGCCCAAGAACCGCCGGCCGGCUCAGCCCCUUAACCAAGUCCAUCGGGUUCAGCAUGUCUACCGCGCCCACCCUGCCUCUCGGCACAGACCUGCCAGGAGACCGCCAAAUUGGGAUCCUUCCAAUCCUACAGCGUUUGUCAAUGAAGCUUGGAGGCGCUUUCCCAUGAAGAAGUUCCAGAACUCCAUCAUGGGACCUCUGCCUUCAGAUUGGUGGGAAAGUUACCUUAAGAGGAGUAUUUGGUCUCUUAGGCACCCCAGAACCACAUGGAGUCCAGUGACUGUGAAGAUCACCCCUCCUGCGCAGAGAGUGCGCCCCUCUGUUUCCCUGAAAAAUGUGAUUGACUCUGAAGGGCCCUCAGAGCAGCCAGCAGACCCUUGUGCAAAAGAGACAGUGCUGAGAGCCCUCAUGGAGUGUAAGAAAGGGAGACUGAGGCUGGAAGACCCAGUACCCUCUGAGUGUUUGGAUAACAAGAGGAGAAGUUCAGAGACCAGACCAUCUGCCUUUAAACCUCUCAGGAAAAAUGGAGUCCUUAUUUCUUUUGUGCCCAGGCUGGGGCCUCUGAAAAGGAGCAUCCACUCAUGCAGCUCAGAUUACAGCUUGAAGAGGUGCAGUUCCUUGGGCAGCAUAUACCGACGAGGCCCACGCAGCACAAAAAGAAAUGCUAUUAGCAGCUCUUACAGCUCUAGUACAGAGUUCUCAGUGUCUUCUAAGAGAUAUUUCCCCAGUACAUUAUUCCGGAAAGCAGAGUGGUCAGUGAAAAAGAAAGGAAAAAGCCAUCCUCUUCACUCUCCUGUCACAUUAGUAUCAAACACAGAGUCCCCAGAAUCAUCUAGCAGUUCGGAGCAGCAAAACCAGAGGAUUCCAUUGCUGCUACCGAGCCUGGGUCACCUUCUGUCUGAGACACCUCCUGUCCAGCUUUGUCAGGAAGUCUCUGAUAGGAGCCCACCCUUUGAGAAGGAAACUGAGCUCCAGUGGAAUCACAAAGCCAGAGAGGAGACAACUGAAGCCACCACAGACACAGUCCCUGAUACCUGGCCUGGCAUUCAUCCUUCUCUAUUUCUCACUCAGCCACCUUGUGGGACAGCACUGACCACAGACACUAAUUCUCAGUUGGAAAACCUGAAACAAGUAAAGAUACCUCUAAGCCCCCUGGCCUCCCCACAGUCAUCUGGUGAGGCAAUCGAUAUGGGCCACUCACCUCUGGAAACGCCAAGUCCACCUGCUGGGUGUUCACCAUCAGAGCCCCUUCCAGGCACUACUUCAGACUCAAAGCCCACAACUUCUUUGGUCCUGCUGACCCCAACCCCUCGCACAUCACCAGUCACUGGCACCACCUGGCCACCUUCAAACCCUCAGGCUGACAGGUCUGCUAUAUCCCCAGACCCAUCUGCCAUUGUCCCUGCUGCACCCACCACACAGAGUGCUUUGAUUGGGGAGAUGAGUAGCCCAACACCCCAUUUUCCUGAAUCUGCACCUCCUGUGGUGACCUCUGCUUGCCCCAUGUUAAAGCCUAUUUUGGGGUCCUUGCACAAUAGUGAGAUUGAAAGUUCUUUAUAUUCUAGAAUUUCAGUCACAACUGCAGUGUCUUCAAGCUCUUCUCUCUCCACAACUCCAGGAAUCUUAACUCCAACAUUCAAGCCUAUCUUUGGCAAUAUAGGACCACUUACAGGUAUGCCAGUGAUAGCUCCUUUCUCCUCAGGACAGUCCUCUCCUUCAUUUACUCCUACUUCAACUCAUCUUCUCCAUGGCCUGGUCAAGACAACCUCUAUGGUCAUGUCAACCACCCCAGCUAGCACGGCCAAAGAGUAUACUUUGAAGCCACCUUUAGAUUUUAGCAUAGUGAACCUUACAAGUACCAUGGGUGAUACUUGCUCUGACACUUCCUCUUGCCAAACUUUCCUACUUGGAGCUGCUCAAGUCAUCAGGGCUGACUUCUCCCCAGCCACAGGCUUCAUUUUCCUACCAGGAGAGCAUCCUGGCAUUCCUACUGUACACACAGUCACUAUCUUUAGCCAAGUACUUCCUAGUGCCAUUCAGCCACCCUCUAGUCCUGCUGAUUUUAAAGGUAAGGGAGGCCCUCUGCCAACCUCAGCCUUAAUUCCCACAAACCAGCCUGCAUCGUCACCCAGCAUCUCUAACCCCAGUGUAGUACUUCCUGUGGGGUCAAACGCAAAGCCACUUCUCCCACAAUCUUCAGGAGUUACUCCUCAGCCUGUGUUUGGGGCCACCGAUGGGCAGAAGCAAAGUCUACCCCAGCCAGCUCUUAGGCCAAGCUUUAGUAGCCCUUUCAAUUUUACAAACUCACCAAUGGCUUCCUCAACCCCUAUGCCAGGUCCAGCGGAAUCAGUCCUUAGAAAUUCCACACAGUCAGUGUUUGGAGGUUUGACACCCUCAGCCUCCACUUUGUACCCCACUGCCAGCACCCAGCCAGCCUUUGGUAGCACUCCAGCUAGUUUUCCCUUUGGUCAAGCUAACCCAUCUGGCUUUGGAGUUGCCACCCAGAACAGCCAGAGUCGGGCAUGCGGCUCAGUAUUUGGCAGCACAGCUCCUCGACCAUUUGCCUUUGGGGGAUUAGUGACCCCUAUGGAUUGUGGGGAGCCUGGGGUCAUUGUGCCUGCCCCAGGCUGGAGCUCAGGCUCUGGAGCAAUGCUGAGUAGUGUGACCCCCUUUGGGAAAGGUUGGAGCCAAAACACUCAGGACCUUCCCAACAAGAGCACACCUUUUACUUUUGGGAGGUCUAACAUUUUUGCCAAAAAGACUAUGUUUGGUGAUCCCUCCAUGACUCCCUUUGCUCAGAGCCCACCUAUCCCUGGAAUCAAGGCAGGAACCAGUUUUGGUUUUGGGAUGUCCUCUCCAUUUGCUCAGGGCUAUGUUGGAAGAGAUCCUUCCAGAUCCUUAGCUCCUUCGUUUUCCAUUGGUGCAAAAUCCAAAACCCCAAGGAAUCGGGAGCAAGGACAUUCUCGAAGACAUCAUGCGCACAAGAAAUAA